GCUAGGCUAAGCCCAAUAAACUCACCCAACUUUUGUUCUUCUCGGGACUUGCAAUUGCAACAGUCUUGCACUUUCGUGCGUUCUCAGCAAACAAAACAUGAAAUCGUACGUUUCUGGAACUGAAUCAAAAUUCGAAAAUCUUUUCGCAAUGCUCUAAAUUUCUCUUUGAUGGCGAGUCAUAGUUAGGAGAGUGGAAGCGAAGACGAAACCAAAUGAUGGUGCCAGAUAUGAACUAUCGAAGUCUCUUCCUCCUCUGUGUUAUAUACAUUGCAAUAAACUCUUGUCCUAAGUUAGUGACUGUAGACAUAAACAUGAAGAAGUUGAGAGUCAUAAUCGCUUGCUUGAAAAAGAUGGGGAACAAAAUGUCAGAAACUAUCAACCGUUUCAAGUUGGCUGAGAGAAAUGUUGUUGCUCUCCUAGAUCUCAUCGAAAGGAUGUCCUGGAUCUUCCUAUCUGAUUUCAGACAGAAGCCGCUGAAUCAGAACAAGACGAAGAGAAAAGACAGCCAUUGCCGAGGAAAGUUACCAACGGAGGAUGAUGGGGCAAAAGAGAAGGUUAAGGAGAAAAAUGAUGGAGUGAUGGACGGAAACAGGAGCAGAGAUAGAGAAACAGGCAUUGCAGAGCAAACCUAA